AUGGCCACUGCUGAGCCAACCCAUAACCCUAGCUGGACACACUCGUUCUGGGACAUCCUGAACCCCAUUGAUACAUGUUUGGUCGGAUGGUUCUGCCCAUGUAUUCUCUUCGGGAAGACGCAGGCUCGUAUGGAGGACCCCACUCUCCAGAACUACAGUCCCAUUAACGACAACUGCCUCAUCUUCUGCGGCCUGAACUGCUUCGCCGUCGCAUGGCUCCUAGUCGCAAAGAGACGAAUUGAGAUGCGCGAGAAAUACGGCAUCACGCAGACUCAUCUUGAAAAGUUCUUGAAAAUGGAACCGGGCUCCAUCAAGGCGAAGCACAACUUUGAAGAGUCCCAUCUCCAGGACUGUCUUAGCGCCUUCUUCUGUCCGUGCUUCGCCCUCGUCCAGGAAAACAAGGAGGUGAUAGCUCGUCAAGCUGCUGGCCAGGGCUACCAGAAAUCUCAGUCCAUGUCUUAUCCACCUGCUUAG